UGAAAUGUUCACGUGCACCUACUAUUAUAUCAUCACGGCAGAUUGAUAAUAAAUAAUUAUUAUUUUAUUUUUUUUUUAAAUUUCUUUUACUCAAGCAUCCUAGAAUUUUCUUGAUAUAGAUCACCGGAGGCUUAACUUUACGAAUGCAGCUCACCCGUUGUGUAAAGGUUAGUGAUUCCUGGUGUAUAACGAGGACGUGCGGCUGCUUAGAUGCGUAUAUUUAGGCGUUUGGUUAUUUGUCGAUUCGGUUUUCCGUUGGAAAUGAAAUGAACGGUACAGGAUCCGAACACGGAGCAUCCGCUAUCGUAUAGGAUUCCACGCGAUCAACUGGUGGCCGUCGGUGGGCGUAGGGUUAGGUUUUGUGUUUCCGACCGGAACACUUGGCGUAACAUUGUUUCGCCAAGGUAUGUCCGAUGUUUUGUACGUUUCGUCGCGAUCAGCGUGCGCGCAGGCCACGGUCAACUACUGCCCGACGUUGGGAGGGUGGCGGCUGCGGUCAUGCGGGCUGCGGUGUCGAUUGAUUGACGUUUCGGACGACACGCACGUAGGGUGUUUUUCGUUUAAUUUUUUUUUUUUUUUUUUAUCAUUCCGUUUGUUUGCCAUUUCGCGUUGCAAUACAUUUUUUUUACCCAUUCGUAAUCCGUGCACGCGCCCCCCGAGAAACGUGUCGCCGCAGCCGGUCGCGCGGAGUCGUGCGCGCCCCGUCACCUGGGACCCGCGAAAGAGCCGCGAAGAGCCUACCAAUAGUUGCCGCCACUGCGUUACAACAUCGUUUCGAAGAGUUUUCAAAGCGCAACGACAACCGUCCGCGCGCCGUAACACUUGUAAUACGUGCAAAUCAUGUCGUUUGCCGGCGGCGGCGCGAGAGGUAACGGUAACGAUAAUCUCCGCGAUUACAAUCACAGGCGCUCGGUGGCCGUCCAAGUCGUCCGGGACCCGUCAGCCGAGCAACCGCAAGUCCCGUACCGCAUGGCACCGGCGCAACAGCACCUGCAGACCGACGGUUUCAUCUCGGUGACGUCUCGCAAGUACAGAAAAUUUCAAGAACUGUUACACGGCAGAAGCGUUUUGGAAAGAUGGCUGAUCGUCGGCAUAGCUGUCCUCAGUUCGGUGUGUUUCGUACUCUUGGUGAAACGGUUUCGAAAAGGUGUCGCGAGUCAGACGACGUGCCUGAGCGACGAAUGUCUGAUAUCUGCCACAACCAUAAUGCAAUCGAUGAACACGGCCGUCGACCCGUGCGAUAAUUUUUUCGAGUUCGCGUGCGGCAACUGGCAGAAUCAUUACGUCUCGGAACCUGGCCAGGCCAAUUCUUGGUUUAUCGAAAGGACACGGUAUAUUUCUAUGGGAAUAACGAAGAUCUUAGGAGACUUGGAUCGUAAAAACGAUCUUAGGUCGGUGAAACAAGCGAGACGACUGUAUAGGACGUGUCUAAAUACAGACGUGUUGGACGAGGCCGGAUACGAACCGGUGUACAAGGUGCUGGACAGACUGGGACUUCCGCGGACGUUUCCGGACUUCACGACCGCCUCGUACACGAACGGCAGCGUGUUCAACGUGGCCCGGACCCUGGCGCUGGCCCAACGGUACCUGAGCGCGGACAUCCUGAUCCAACUGUCUUUGGAACCGGAUCCGGUCGCUGACCGAGCGUCACUUUUCCUGGGACCCGCGUCCGGCAUCACGUCGCCACUGCCGGAAUCGCUGGGCUACCACCGCCGGCGGCCGCGGGCCUCCAAAGCUCCCGACCAGACGGCCAGGGUCAUACUGCUGCUCAAGGUGCGGUACAUGGUGUCGGUCAUCAGGGAGCUGGCCGCGGACGACACCAACAACGCCACCGCGCUGUCCAAGUUGGCGCUCAAAAUCCUGAUACUCGAAUCGAAUUUGAAGCGGGAAACAGACGCAGAGCAGCCGGCCAAAGAAUUCACAUUUCAGAGCCUUAAGGAUUUCAUGUCUUCCAAUUUGUCAGAUAUUUCAGAAGACGAUAUGUUUGAUUGGCAGUCGUUCAUCGACGGACUCACCGAGGGAACAAACAUCACGUUGACGAUGAACGACGUAGUGUUCGUACGGAAUCCGAAAUAUUUUAUCGAACUACAAGCGCAAAUGAUAAACGUUCCGCUAGAAGAAUUUCAACAAUUUAUCUGGUGGAAAGUUGUGGAAAUUUUAAUCCCGCACACAACUACCACGAUGGCAAGAUUUAAAUCGUCGUUCUUCGAAUCAAUUUUUCCAAAUUUGAAAAAACCUUCCAGAAAAGAAGUGUGCAUGGACGUGACCAAGACGUUCAUGAACUUGCCCAUAGCUUACGAGUUCUACGUCCGUGACGAUUUGAGUGUGACUUCCGUGAAGGUGCGUAAAAUGCUCAGCCAACUACAACGGGCGUUUAAGGGUAUGAUCGAAGAAUCCAAAUGGACGGACCGCGUCACGCAACAAGUGACUUCCAAAAAAGUUGACGCCAUCAAAGCGGAAAUCGGAUACCCAGAAAUUUUCGAAACUCCGGAAGAGCUGGAAAAACUUUAUGAACACAUAGAGAUUAGAGAAGACGAGUACCUUCAGAGCAUGUUGGACGUCAAAACGUUCGAGGUGGCCAGCGUGUUACAAGAAUGGGGCAAACCGAUUGUCACUAACCACUCGCUGUCAAUCCUGACGGAUCCACUGGAAGUCAACGCGUUUUACAGUAGACUACAUAAUUCCAUUACGAUCCCGGCUGGAAUUUUACAAAUGCCGUUUUUCUACAAAGGAGUCGAUAUUGUGAACUACGGUGCUAUCGGGUCAAUUCUUGGACACGAAAUGACCCAUGGAUUCGACAUCGAAGGAAAGAAUUUCGAUGUCAACGGUAAGAAGACUAUGUGGUGGUCGCAGGGAAUAAUCCGAGAAUACGUGAAACGAGCGCAGUGUUUCAUCAGAGAAUACGAUCAGUUCAUGUUGAACAAAAACGUUUAUCUGAACGGCACACGAACCCUAGCCGAAAAUAUGGCCGACAACAUCGGCUUGAGACAAUCGUGGCUGGCGUACAAGAUAUUUCAAAGCGAAAACGACGUCCAGCUUCCCGGACUGAAAGACUACACCAGCGACAAGUUGUUUUUUUUAGCUUACGCGAACGUCUGGUGCCACAAGCCCGACGACGGAUCCAGCGCGGUGACGGAAGACGACCACAGCCCGAACAACGUGCGAGUGGUGGGCUCGCUGCGCAACAGCCGGGAGUUCGCGGACGUCUGGCGGUGCCCUGUCGACAGUCCCAUGAACCCGUCCAAGAAGUGCUUCGUCUGGUGAACGCACCAUCGCGCGCGACUGACCGUCAGCGGUAUCGCGGGCUCCCGCGUUUAUCGUCCGUCGUCGUCGCCGCCGCCGCCAUUACACACAACGGAAACCAAAUCGGUCAACGGGACCGACGGUUCACGUCAAUGGAAAUCGAAACGACCCUUGAAUCGUUGAAAAAAAAAUAAUAAUAAUAACCAAAUGGCUGCAUCGCGAGCGAAAUAUAGAACUUUAAAUAUUUUGUACCCGCCUAAAAUCUAGUCGAUGGUGUUACGUAUUUUAUUACGUUUUGUUAAACCGUAAGUUUCUUGUGAUAAGUAAUGAACUCCGUUCUACGAUUAUAAAACUCUAAAAAAAUUAAAACUGAAAUUGUAUUAAUA